GAUGAGGCGCUGACAGCGCGGCGCGGCGCGGCGGCGGGAUGCUGCGGUCCGUGUCGCUGCCGCCGCCGCCGCCGCCGAGCCCGGAGCGGGGCCGCCUGCGCGGGCGGCUGGAGGGCGGCCUGGCCGGGCUGUGCGAGCUGCACCUGCUGCGCCAGCGCCACGAGCGCCGCGUGCGCCAGGCCCUGCGCCUCGCCGCCGCCGGGCCCCCGCCGCCGCACGCCGACACCGAGCCCGAGCCCGAGCCCGAUCCCGAGCCCGACCCGCUGGACUUCCUGCCUGCGCUGCUGUGGGAGCUGGAGCAGCGUGUGGGGGGGCUGCGGCUGCGCCCCGAGACCCCCAGCGGGGACGCCCCGGCCUGGCCUGGCUCAGGUUUCUAUGCCGGAGCCCACCCAGCAGAGACUCCAGACUCGCCCCCCCUCCCCCGACAGGGGCAGGGCCCUGGCGAGCGCCCCAAAUCCGUGGGUGACGCAGGUGGCGCAAGCCCCCGGCCCACAGUGCCACGCUCCCUAUCGGCCCCUGAGCACCCACUGGGAGCUGGGGGGGGCCUGAUCCCGCCCUCUGAAGCCCCGCCAGCCUUCCCCUCCCCAGGGGGGGCCGAGAGCUACAUCUCACGGCUGCUGCGGCGCCGCGCCCGGGGGCCCCCCCUGCCACCACCGCGCACCAGCCUGGCCCCGGAGCCGGGGCUGAGCCGCCAGAACAGCCUACGCCAGCGCCCCCCCAGCGAGCGGCGGGGCCCGGAGCGGGGCGCCAGCGCCCCUGCGCCCAUAGGCUACGAGGGCGGUGCUGCCGCGGCCCCCCGCGCCUGGGCCUCGUGGGACGAGAGGACCCCGGCACCCGGCGGCCGUGCGAGCUCCCCUCCCCAGCCACGUGCUGCUGCUGCUGCUGCCUGCCGCCGGCCGCCCAAGCUGCACACGCUGCGCCCUGCGCCCGCCGACUCUGGCAUGGUGCAGGCGCGCUACAUCCCAGCCCGCGGCGCCCGCAAGAAGCCGCCGGGCCUGGCCAAGGGGCGUGCUGUGGAUCUGUCGCUGGACCGGGCCCCCGGCCGCACCGCCGUGCCCAAGAAAUGCCGCUUCGCCGAGGAGCGCCGGGGCCACCGCGCCGCCCGCUCGCAGUCGGAGAACAGCCUGGUGGGGCAGGGGGGGCCUGCGCCUGCCGCCCCUGCCGCCACCCGCCCCACUGUGGCCCGGGGGGGGUACCGCAAGUGGCGCUCCACGGCUGAGAUCUGCCCCGAGGAGGGGGCCCGGGGCCAGCGGCGGGGGCCGGUGCGCCCGGCGAUGUACGCAGAGGCCGAGAGCGACUCGGAGGGCUCCGGGGGGGGAGGGCCCAGCGAGUCCAGCCCCAGCGAGGCUGCGUCACCUGGCUCGGGGUCGGGCUCCAGCGACUCGGAGGGCAGCGGGGGGGGGCUGGUGUGGCCCCAGGCGCCGGGGCCCGGGCGCCCCAAUCUCUUUGUCAAGAUUAAGGCCUCGCACGCGCUCAAAAAAAAGAUCCUGCGGUUCCGCUCCGGCUCCCUCAAGGUCAUGACCACCGUGUGAGCCCCCCCUCCCCCUGGCACUGGGGCCCCAAUCCUGAUUCGGCCUGAUUUACAACUCCCCCGCCCCCCACAUCUGCCCCUCUUUAUUGCCCCUCCCUGCACUCUGCAGCCCUGGGGGAGGGGCCUGGUGUGGGGGGGCAGAGGGCAGCGGUGCCCCAUCAUGAAACCACACCAGCUGCCCCCAGAGCCCCCCUCCCCUUCCGGGGCUAGUCAAAGGGUAAGGUAAUUCAAGGGUGCGUGGGGUAAGGCGGUGGGGAUGGAGGGCCGUGCUGUCGUGCCUCAGUGUCCCCUCGCCCGUCCUGGUGAGCUCAUGGCUGCGGGCAAUCAGUGCCAUGAUUGGGCCAGCCCCUCCCGGUCCUGGUGAGCUCACGGGCCUGGUGAAUUGGUGCCCCAAGCGUUUCAUCCCUCCGUCCUGGUGAGCUCACGGGGGUGGUGAAUCAGUGCCCUGCUUGUGCCAACCACCCCCCUUCCCGUGCUGCGCCGUGCGAGGACCCCCACCGUGAAAGCAGCACUCGUGCCUUGGCCGGGGGGUGCUCAGGGCUCGCACACGGGCAGCCGUGUGACGCCGCAGCUCGGCGGCUUCGUGCCAGGCAGGGGGUGGGCGCCGGUUGCCAAGGGGAUGGUGCCGGAUCCGGGCCUCCCCUCCCCCGCUGCAGCCCUGGGGGGGGGCAACACCCCCUUGCUGGGGGCGCUUGGGGGACCCCCCCCCUGGGUUUGUAAAUAAAGAUCAGUGUUAUUUGUGCAA